AUGGAUGGGCUGGACGGCUCUUCUUGUCCUUUUUUGGCCGGGGUGACCAGGCGGUUUUCUUCCGCUCCGGCCUCCCGGCUCCUGUUCAGCUGGAUUGGUGGCACCUCUCCGACAGGGGCUGGGCUGGGCGGCGCUGCCCGGCGCGGGGAUGGCGGCGGUGGAGGGGGGGGCCCUGGGCAGGGCCUCGAGACCCUCCGGGGUGUGAGGCUAGAACAGAAGGACGUGGGGGUGGCUGGAGGGGUUCCAGGGGGGGGCGGACCCCCGCGGGCCCCGGCCCGGGGCCCCAAAACCUGCGCUCUGGCAGGCUUCCCUCAUUCUGGCUGCGCCAAGGGGAGGGCCAGUGCCCUCGUUGUCUCUGCCCUCAGGACGCUGUCGGACCUGAACAAGGACGGGAAGAUGGACCAGCAGGAGUUCUCCAUCGCCAUGAAGCUCAUCAAGCUCACGCUGCAAGGGCAGCGCCUGCCGGCCGCCCUGCCCCCAGUCAUGAAGCAGCCUCCCGUGCUCUCCCCCUUGGCGUCCGCGCGCUUCGGAAUGGGAAGCAUGCCCAACCUGUCCAUCCCUCAGUGUGUGCCUGCGGCUGCCCCCCUGGCGCCCGGCUCCUCCCGGCCCUCCGUCACGUCCCUCCCUCCCUUGGGAAUGCCCGCGCCCCUGGUGCCCUCCGUGAGCACAUCGUCGCUGCCCAAUGGAACGGCCGCUCUGCUGCAGCCCGUGGCUGUCCCCUUCUCCUCAGCAACGUUGCCUCACACGUCAUCGUACAGCCUCCUGAUGGGCGGCUUCGGCGGCUCCUCUAUCCAGAAGGCGCAGUCUCUGAUCGACUUGGGAUCGAGCAGCUCCACGUCCUCCACGGCUUCCCUGACGGGGGGCUCCCCCAAAGCUGGAACCUCCGACUGGGCCGUCCCGCAGCCCUCAAGACUCAAGUAUCGGCAGAAGUUUAACAGCUUGGACAAGGGCAUGACGGGUUACCUCUCAGGUCUGCAGGCUCGCAACGCUCUGCUCCAGUCCAACCUUUCCCAGACCCAGCUGGCUACUAUUUGGAACUUGGCCGACGUGGAUGGAGACGGGCAGCUCAAAGCGGAAGAGUUUAUUCUGGCCAUGCAUCUCACAGACAUGGCCAGAGCCGGGCAGCCGCUGCCCCUGACCUUGCCUCCGGAGCUGGUGCCGCCUCCUUUCAGAGGAGGAAAACCUGCUGAUUCCCUCAAUGGAGCUCAGUCUUGCUACGAGAGAACCCAGGAAGAGCCACCCCAGAAAAAGUUGCCAGUGACCUUUGAGGACAAGCGCAAAGCCAACUAUGAGCGUGGGAACCUGGAGCUGGAAAAGCGGCGGCAGGUGCUGCUGGAGCAGCAACAGCGCGAGGCCGAGCGCAAGGCGCAGAAGGAGAAGGAAGAGCUGGAGCGCAAGCAGCGGCUGCUGCAGGAGCAUGAGUGGCGGCGGCAGCUGGAACUGGAGAAGCAACGGGAACUAGAGAGGCAGCGAGAGGAGGAGCGCAGGAGAGAGGCGGAGAGGCGGGAGGCUGCAAAACAAGAGCUGGAGCGUCAGCGCCGAUUGGAAUGGGAGAGAAUUCGCCGACAGGAGCUUCUCAGUCAGCGGAAUAGGGAACAGGAAGAAAUCGUCCGGCUGCAAGCAAGGAAGAAGAGUCUGCAUCUCGAGUUGGAAGCGCUGAAUGGCAAACAUCAGCAGAUCUCAGGGAGACUCGAGGAUAUGCGGCAGAGAAAACAGAAUCGGAAGAGUGAGUUGGAUGUCCUGGACAAGCAGUGUGACCUGGGGGUCCUGGAGAUCACCCAGCUUCAGCAGCAGCUCCAGGAGUCUCAGAACCAGCUUGUCUAUCUGGUACCGGAGAAGCAGCGCUUACAGGACAGGGUUCAGCACCUGCAGCCGGACAGCGCAGCCCACCUGGGCAUCGGCGCUGUCCACAAGAAGGCCCUGGAGAAGGAGGGCCUCUGCCAGAGACUGAAGGAGCAGCUGGACGCCCUGGAGAGGGAAACGGCUGCCAAGCUCUCUGAGAUGGACGCCUUUAACCAGGAGCUAAAGUGUGUGACUGUGGAUGACUCUAUGCUGCGGUGCCUUUUGUCCCUGCUCAGCUGUCUCCACCACCUCUUCCUCUUACUUAAGGAGCUGAGGGAGAACUACAACACGCAGCAGCUGGCCCUGGAGCAGCUCAACCGGAUCAAGCGGGAGAAGCUGAGAGAGAUCGAGCGGAGGCGGGCUGAGGCGGCCCAGAAGAAGAGGCUGGAGGAGGAGGAGGCCACGAGGAAAGCGAAACAAGGGAAAGAAAGCCUGUGGCAGGAGAGCCUGCGGAAGGAGGAGGAGGAGAAGCAGAAGCGGCUGGUGGAGGAGAAGCUCCGACAAGAGCCGCCCAGAGCCGAGAACAAGCCUCAGGGGACCGAGGAAGGGGGGGAAGCUCUUGGGUCCGGCUGGGUGAAGUACAAGGCCCUGUACGCCUUCGAAGCGCGGAGCCACGACGAGAUGAGCUUCAGCGCGGGGGAUGUCGUGCAGGUGGAUGAGAAGACCAGCGGAGAGCCGGGCUGGCUCUACGGCUCCUUCCAAGGCCGCUGUGGCUGGUUCCCAGGGAACUACGUGGAGAAGGUGUCAGACGGCGAAAAGCUGGCAUCCCCCAAGAAGGCCUUGCUGCCGCCGGCAGCUUCCCUGCCAGCCGCCGCCUCUGCUCCCCCCGAAUCCCGGCCAGCAGAGACCAAUUACCAGAACGUCCCCUUCUCCACCCUGACUGCCAAUGCCAGCUGGCAGAAGAAGUCCGCCUUCACGCGCACUGUGUCCCCUGGAGCUGCGUCCCCUGUUCACGGACAGGGACAGACCGUGGAGAACCUGAAGGCUCAGGCCCUCUGCUCCUGGACGGCCAAGAAGGAGAACCACCUGAACUUCUCCAAGCAUGACAUCAUCACCGUUCUGGAGCAGCAGGAAAACUGGUGGUUUGGGACACUGCACGGGGGCCGGGGCUGGUUCCCCAAGUCCUACGUCAAGAUCCUCGCUGGCCCGGAGGCCAGGAAGGGAGAACCGGAAGCCAUCUACGCCAGCAUCAAGAGGAAGCCGAGCAGCACGGGCCCUGCAUUGGGAGAAGAAUACGUGGCCCUCUACUCUUACUCGAGCUCGGAGCCUGGCGACCUGACCUUCACUGAGGGCGAGGAGAUCCUGGUCACCCAGAAGGAUGGGGAGUGGUGGACGGGGAGCAUCGACAACCGCGCCGGCAUCUUCCCGUCCAAUUACGUCAGGGCCAAGGAACCCGAGGCUCCGGGGGGCACCGGCCGAGCCACGGCCCAGAAAAAGCCAGAAAUUGCCCAGGUCACUUCCUCCUACACGGCUUCUGGGGCCGAACAGCUCAGCCUCUCACCCGGGCAGCUCAUUUUAAUUCUGAAGAAAAAUCCCAGCGGCUGGUGGCAGGGGGAGCUGCAGGCCCGUGGGAAAAAACGCCAGAAGGGAUGGUUUCCGGCCAGCCACGUGAAGCUCCUGGGCCCGGGGAGCGAGAGGGCGACCCCCGCUUCUCAGCCCGUGUGCCAGGUCAUCGCCAUGUACGACUAUGUCGCCAAUAACGAGGACGAGCUGAACUUCUCCAAGGGGCAGCUCAUCAAUGUCCUCAACAGGGACGACGCCGACUGGUGGCAGGGCGAGACCGGCGGCGUGAGCGGGCUCUUUCCCGCCAACUAUGUGAAGAUGACCACCGACUCGGACCCCAGCCAGCAGUGGUGUGCCGACCUCCAGAGCCUGGACACCAUGGUGCCCAUGGAGAGGAAGAGGCAGGGCUACAUUCACGAGCUGAUCCGGACCGAGGAGAGGUACAUGGAUGACCUCCAGCUGGUCACGGAGGUGUUCCAGAAGCGCAUGGCCCAGUCGGGCCGCCUGAGCGAGGGGGAGAUGGCCCUCAUCUUUGUGAACUGGAAGGAGAUCAUCAUGGCCAACACCAAGCUUCUCAAGGCCCUGCGCGUGCGGAAGAAGACGGGUGGCGAGAAGAUGCCCGUGCAGAUGGUCGGCGACAUCGUGGCAGCCGAGCUGUCGCACAUGCAGGCGUACAUCCGCUUCUGCAGCUGCCAGCUCAAUGGAGCGGCGCUGCUGCAGCAGAAGACCGACGAGGACGCCGAGUUCAAGGAGUUCCUGAAGAGACUGGCCCGAGACCCUCGCUGCCAAGGCAUGCCACUGUCCAGCUUCCUGCUGAAGCCCAUGCAGAGGAUCACGCGCUACCCCCUGCUCAUCAAGAACAUCCUGGAAAACACCCCUGAAAGCCACGUGGACCACUCCUCUCUGAAGCUGGCCCUGGAGCGGGCCGAAGAGCUGUGCUCCCAGGUCAACGAAGGGGUCCGCGAGAAAGAGAACUCGGACCGGUUGGAGUGGAUCCAGGCCCACGUGCAGUGUGAAGGCCUUGCCGAGCAACUCAUCUUUAACUCGCUGACCAACUGCCUGGGUCCCCGGAAGCUGCUGCACAGCGGGAAGCUGUACAAGGCCAAGAGCAACAAGGAGCUCUUCGGCUUCCUCUUCACGGACUUCCUGCUGAUGACCCAGGCCGCCAGGCCUUUCCCGGCCUCCGCCGGCCCCGACAAGCUCUUCAGCGCCAAGUCCAGCGCCCAGUUCAAGAUGUACAAGACGCCCGUCUUCCUGAACGAGGUCUUGGUGAAGCUGCCCACGGACCCCUCGAGCGACGAGCCCGUCUUCCACAUCUCCCACAUCGACCGCGUCUACACGCUCCGGGUGGACAACAUCAACGAGAGGACGGCCUGGGUCCAGAAGAUCAAAGCGGCUUCUGAGCAGUACAUCGAGACUGAGAAGCGGAGGCGGGAAAAGGCCUAUCAAGCGCGCUCACAGAAGUCUUCGGGCAUCGGGCGGCUGAUGGUGCACGUCAUCGAAGCCUCGGAGCUGAAGGCCUGCAAGGCCAAUGGUAAAAGCAACCCCUACUGCGAGGUCAGCCUGGGCUCGCAGAGCUUCACGACUCGGACCCUGCAGGACACGCUGAGCCCCAAGUGGAACUUCAACUGCCAGUUCUUCAUCCGGGACCUCUACCAGGACGUGCUGUGCCUGACCCUGUUCGACCGGGACCAGUUCUCCCCGGAUGAUUUCCUGGGCCGGACUGAAAUCCCCGUGGCCAAGAUCCGGACGGAGCAGGAGAGCAAGGGGCCCACCACCCGCCGCCUGCUGCUGCACGAGGUCCCCACGGGCGAGGUCUGGGUCCGCCUGGACCUGCAGCUCUUCGAGCACAAGACGCUGCUCUAGGGCCGCGCCCUGGGCCCCUCGGCGGGGCCGGCCCGGCCGAGGGGACGUCCGCCAGCCGCCUUUGGGGAGGGGCCGGAGAGACGGACUUGAAAUACUGUGACCUCUGGUGACGGGGAGAAUAUUUUUGGAUUUUCUUUUCUCAAGAAAUCUA